AUGGCUACCUUAGGGGAAGAGGCGUUUGAUUAUAUUUACUCGCCAUAUAAUCCUUACUCUUAUCAAUAUUUGAGUUAUCGACCAAAAAGUUGUAAUUGGAGGCAAAGACAGUACCUAAACAAAUAUGUGGACCCUAUCGAGUAUUUCGACAACUAUCAACGCGCUCAGCUCAAAGCCAUAUUGUCUCAGGUAAACCCAAACUUAACUCCAAGAAUGAGAAAAGCCAACACCAAAGACAUCGGAGUGCAGGUUAGCCCUAAAAUCGACGCGUCUGUGCAAUGUUCCUUAGGUCCAAGAACACUCAUGAAGAUGACUAUUAGGCAGAAAGAAGUAACCUUCAAAUACCGGGCUUCACCAAACCAGGUCCAAGGGAGUCAGGCGAGUAUGCCCAAGAAUGUUCGAUUCCGGAGAACCAUGGCUAUCUUCUCGCCUCUCAUGUCGUCCAACCUAAACACAUUCAUCAAUAAAGACGACCAGGAUACUAGAAAGGCAGAUUCUAAAGAGCCGCGAGAAAAGACACUUUCAGAAGAAGUGAAGGAAAACGAAAAACAGGAGGCCACGUUGGAGCCAGUGCAGAAUUCAGAGGAGACAAGCUCAACAGUUCUGCAUGGGACUAAUACCCAAGAACCUGAGAAUACAAAGAAAAAGCAAAAUAACGAAGAUGUAGUAGUCAAUACUGCCAAAAAUGAGAGUCGGCUAAAAUUUCAGUUUCUAGAGCAAAAGUAUGGAUACUUCCACUGCAAGGACUGCAGUGCUCGUUGGGAGAGUGCUUACGUCUGGUGCGUGCAGGGCACUAACAAGGUCUACUUCAAACAGUUUUGCAGAACCUGCGAAAAGGCGUACAACCCUUACCGAGUCGAGAACAUCACCUGUCAAACCUGCAGACAGACAAGAUGCACCUGCCCCAUCAAAAUGCGGCACGUUGACCCAAAGAGGCCACAUCGUCAAGACCUAUGUGGCAGGUGCAAGGGUAAACGACUCUCGUGUGACAGCACUUUCAGCUUCAAAUACAUCAUUUGA